CGGAGUGUCAGUCAGGCUCGAGACAUCCGCGCGAACGGAACGAGAGAGAGAAAGAGAGAAAGAAAAGAGUGUGUGUAAGAGAGAAAGAGAAAGCGCAAGAGCGGUAGUGGUUGGACUGCUUCCCCUUUUCUGAUAUACGUUCUUCUUCUUUUCUCGAAAAAGAAAUUGCCUACUCUUGAAGCGCCCGCCAUCCACUCACGCGAAAUAGUAAUCUCUUCUUCUACUCUCGGAGUAGUGUCGCGCGGAGUGUCGUACGAAGAGAUACGCGUAACGAAAGCGGUUUGCUAGUGUUGCUCCUUAUCAUUCCGCGUACUGAUUUUUUUUUCUUGAAAGUAACUUCUCGUCGUUACACCGGUGUGUACUCGCAAUCAUUCUAUUCGAUAACAACUACCGGUGACGACGUGAGCCAAGGAGACCCAGAGGACAAGCGACAAAACAUCCAACUUUUGACCGACAAGGCUGACAACAAGGCAAUUGGAAAUUACUCUGACAGCCAAGUGCGUCCACGGUGUGAUCGCACGGGAUCGCAUCCACGAUGUCGGAGGUGGCGACGAAGAAGUCGAUCAAUGUAGUAAGUAACAAGAAGAACGAAGUGUGCGGUGUUCAAUCUAACAACGGUUUGAUUGAUUUGGAUGAUCUAACCGCGAGUAACAACCAACUAAUCUCGUUGUGCGACGAUGACGACGACGAUCUCAUACUCACAAAUAACACGCGUAACGAGCUCGAGAGCGACGACAAGAGUCUGCAGGAGCUGAUAGAGAGCGAGCUCGCGCUCAGGAUUUGCUCAAACAAGAACGAGAAUGAAACUGUCGCCGACACCGAAGAGCCCGAGGAAAUCGUCACUCAGCCGGAUACGAUCAAGAGAAUCGUCUUGGAUCGCCGGCAAGAUCCGGUAGAUAUUAAUACAGAAUUUAUAGCAGCCGAGAGCGAGCACUAUUCUUUGAUCGAGGAGUCUUACGGCCAUCGGAACGGUCAUGUGUCUCCAGACGCAAACGUUAACGACGUGAAACCGGAACCGACAGGCUUCCGAGAUGAGGAAGAGGAACAGGUGUUUGUCGAACAGCCGGAAGUUGACGCGGCGUUGAUAAUUGUUCAAAAAGUAACCGACGAUAAUCAAUCGAGUCGCGACGAAGCCGUCAACAGCAACGACAGUGAGGAUUAUCAGAUUGUCAAGGACACAGUGCCGUCCAUGAACGAUCCGGACUCCAGCAACAUUGCGUACGCUUUGAUGGAUGAGACAGGUUCUCAGCCUUCGCCAACUCCUGCGACUUGUCUCGAAGAUAAGCACCAACAGGAGGAAGAGCUGGGGCAGAAAAUGCUGGACGACGCGGAUCUUCAACCUAACAUCGAUCAGGAGAAGAAGGACACGGACGUCGUCCUGGACACCUGGAGCGAGCAGGCACCGCUCUCGGACGGGAGCCAGCAAGCUGGCCAGUUUUCUGACAACUUUGAUGAAGCUAACUAUCAGCAGGAACAAAUUCUUGAAGAACAAAACUCUCUCAAAAAGUCUUCCACGAGCGAUAAACUUGAUAAUUUCAGUGAACACAUCGAGAAAGAAGAAAAGAUAACACCUUUGCAGGAUAAUACGUCACCCUCUAAAAUAAUUGAAGAGGAUUCUCGUUGGAUCGAAUCCACCGAUCAAUCUAUAAAUUUCGAUAAUUCAAAACAGAAAUGUCUUGAAACGGAAUAUUACGAGAAUGAUGCGGCCGUUGAGAAAAGACUAUCUGUUGAAGUCCCGCUAAACGGUUUGCAGACACCGACAGAAUUGAUCCUGGAUAACGAAUCGGCCGAGGACUCCAAAGACGUUGUGGAGGACACGCAGAAUCCGGACGAGUCCUCGAGCGAGCUCUCGGCGUCGGACUCGACCUUCAUCGAAAAAACGGAAGUCGUAGUGUCGGACACGAGCGUGACAAUCUUCUCGGAAAGACAUGUUGUCGAACAAACGGAGAAUCUCGACUCGUGGACUACAGUCGAGGAGGCCACAAAACCGGCAGCCGACGCCGAGGAGCUAGACAAAAAGGAUAUGUCGAUUGCUGCGGAACAUAGUUAUUUGAACGACGUUACGGAAAACGAUAGCGAGGGUAAACAGGACGAUUUACUCGCGUCACCCCGCGCGCCUCUCGCCACUCCAGACGAGACAGAGACGAGCGAUGUUUCUAACGCCUGUGAUAGCGAAAGUCGCGAGGAAACGGUGACUACCAGCUCCACCGCGGUGACUUCUUCCAAGGGCGGGACGAAGACGAAGAAGAAGAAGAUCGAGGGCGUUGCUGGUAACGAUGCUUCCUCGCCGAACCUCACGCCGCGAACAAAGAAAACCAAGAAAAGCAAGAAGAGCGAUCUCGAGAAAGAGAACAUCUCCGUGAACUGUAACUUACAAGACGCAAGCAUGCACACGGGUACUCGGCGAUCGCAUUCGGAGACGAUCGAUCUCUCCGACGAGGACGAUUUAUCGAACGUCAACGUUAAGUCACUGACACAGAACUACGUCUCAGAGACGAGUCGUAACGACCAGGAGAAGCUGAGCAGGGAACGAAUCGCGACUGGCGUGUCCAUCAAACAACUAUGUCGCAGCUUUGGCGACAUCUCGAACAUCUCGAACGACGGCGAUCAGACAACUUGCGGAAAAGCGAACCACUCAAUGGAAACCGAAGAGAAGGCGAGAUCGACGGGUGAUCUGAGAAUAUGCGAGAGAGGUUACUCGAAAUUCAGCAAAGACGUACACGUCUUCACUGGGGUGUCGGUCAAGGCCCUUAGGGCUUCCUACUGUAGUUUGGCAAGCUUAACGAGCGAGGGUAAGGACAAGGAUCAAGCAUGUGGGAGGCUGAAGUUCGAGAAAUCGAGCUUCAACAAAUUCGACGCUCUCACCAAGAAAACAGUCUUGCACGUGCGUUCAAUUGAUGCGGGAAAAGUUCAACAGCAACUAAACGCCGUGGGUCAGAAUGGCGAGGCAAACACGAAUUGUCGCAGCUGCGGCAAGGUCGUGUUCCAAAUGGAACAGACAAAGGCCGAGGGUCUGGUCUGGCACAAGAAUUGCUUCCGGUGCGUGCAGUGCAGCAAACAGCUUAACGUGGACAAUUACGAGAGCCACGAGAGCACGCUCUACUGUAAACCACACUUCAAGGAACUCUUCCAACCAAAACCGGUCGAAGAGUCCGACCAACCCGUUCGACCUCGAAAACCGGAGCUGAUCAUACGGGAGAACGAGCCGAAAGAGCUGCCGCCCGAUGUGGUCAGAGCUUCUGACAAACCCGACUUGGGACUCGAGGAACUCUCGAGCUUGAAUGUCAAGUCGCGCUUCCAGGUCUUCGAAAAGGCUGGCGCGGAGAAUACCAAUGAGAUCGAAAGAUCGCCGUCGCAGAUCGCCGUUAAGAGGUCGCCCAGCAUUCUCAGCAAAUUAGCCAAAUUCCAGGCCAAAGGUAUGGAUAUCGGCGUGGCGGAUGAAUCUCUCAAUGGCAUACCUUACGAGGAGUCCAGCGAAAGCGAAGACGAAGUCGAUGCAGAGGAAACCGAAGAAGUAGAAACCGAAAUUAUAAAAGCCAAACGUACUACGCGCGAACGACCAAUCAGUUUCUCAAAAAUGGACGACAUCAAGAAUCGUUGGGAAUCCACCAGCCAACAGGGAAGACGUGAAAUUCAACGCGAGGCUAGGAAAGAAGAGAUUGCAGGAAUUCGCUCGCGAUUGUUCAUGGGUAAACAAGGCAAGAUGAAGGAAAUGUAUCAGCAGGCGGUAGCCGGAAAUGAUCGCGUUACGAAGAUAAACGCGGCCGAAGAGAUUCAGCAUUCAACUACCCACGCUCGUUCCCUCAAAGAGAGAUUCGAACGGGGUGAGCCAAUCGCGACCUCAGACGACGAAACCGACAGUAAACCGAAACCGGAGAAAGCCGACGAAGAGGUGAUCGCAGCAGGCAUCAGCAGGAAGUCACGGUCGCUGUUUUUGGAGUUAGACGCUUCUGCGGCGAAAACGGGACGUCCAGUGACGCCAGUGCUACCGAAAACGCCAACCGAAACUCCACGACGUGCACGAGAUGCGUUUAUGGGUCGUCAAGUCUCAGACGACGUGGUACGCAGCUCGGAUACGACCGAGGAGGUUCACGUAGAAACAUCGGAAAUUUCGAAUAAAUUCAAAUUUUUUGAGACGUAUAAGGAACCGGAAAAACAGCGGAAGCAGUUUCGAAUUACGCCACCUCGCGACGGUCAAGUUAAGAUGGAUUCACCGGUUCGCGAGAUCUAUCGUGAUCCCGACGUGGUCAGAGCCGACGACAGGGUGAAUGACGUAGUGCACACGGACACGGCGAGGAAGAUGCUGUCUAUCUUCCGGCAGAUGGAAGAGAACGCAUGCAAGGAGGAUCUACCGGAUGGUCCAAAACCGUUGAAGCGUUUUACGCCGCCUCCAGAAGAUAAAUACGCCAAGGCGACAGCUUCGGAUUCCGAAGAGGACGAAGACGAAGAGGGCGAGGAAUCUGAUGACGAAAGCACUGAGGAAAGAGACCCCAACUAUGUUCGCGCUUCUGAUAAGGUGGAAGACGAAUUCUUGAAACAAGCGCAAAACGCGGCUCGCGCCAAGACUCUCCGUGCCAAGUUUGAGCAUUGGGAGGAGACCGAUGGAAAAGUCAGCAAUCAUCAUAUAGCCGAGAUAGAAAUGGCUCAAGGCGAACAGGCUAGCAUAGAGUCUGCGAGCAGUCUGAGGGCUCGUUUCGAGUCCCUCGGCUCGCAGACCAAUGAAUCUCCGCGCACGCCGAAAGUCAAAGUUAAUCGAUUUGUGUAAGGGAGAGAAACCGAAGGAUUAAAUCGGAUGCGCCUGGAUUAAAUCGAAAUACGAGGAGGAGAAGAAGGAAGAAGAGGAGGAGGAAGAAAAGAAUCGAUAAAGGAAGGACAACCGUCUUCGGAACGCGAUGGAAAAAAAAUUGUUUUUUUAUCUCGCAAUAGCGAUGACGUUUGAUUAAUCAACAAUUAAUGUAACGACCUUGCGUUUUCUUAGGGAUGGUUUUUAACAAUUGAGCGUUAUGUUCGUAAUAAUAAAUCGAGCUUGUAGACUGUACUAUACGUUAUGUGUUAAUAUAAUAUUAUAUGAGAGUCUGUGUUGUCGAGCAUUUCUUUCAAUUAUGUCAAUUAGAAGAAAAGAAUAUGUCAACAAGCAGAAAAUGAUUUGAGACAGAUAGUUUUUACAUGUUAUAGGAUAAUACUCUGCUAAAUUGUGCAAAACCACUAUGUAAAAAACUUAAUAUAUACUUUUUUGCAAUGCGUAUAUAAAAGCAUAAAUAUUUUUACGUGAAAACGCUCGACUCAUCUUAAAAUAUACAACAGAGAGAAAUUUAUAUAUAUACAUAUUAUCUACUAAUUUACUUUAUAUAUAUAUAUAUAUAUAAUUAUAAAAGACCACGUAUGUUGAUUAUCAUAACUCCUUUAUCAUAACUUUUUUUCGCGAGGAUUAUUCAAAAUAUCUACGUAUGUACAUUUGUGACAUCGAGAUUCACCUAAGCCGCAUGCUGGACUUCUUUGCGAUAAUAUUCGUAACGAUGCGAAUUUAAUCUUCAAUCUUUUAGAUAUUAGUUUAUUAAAUCAUUAUCGCUUAAUAUUGAUUAUUAAGUGAUGAUGAUUUAAUAAACCAAUUUAAACUCUCUCUCAGUUUUAACUUAAAUGAACACGCAUCAUUCUUUUUAUUUGAUUAUUACUUAGAAUAAAAGUCACUAACUGACUUUACAAAGUGCCAAAUGUUGAAUAUUGGUUAAAUAUUUCAUAGAUUGUCGAUAAUUGUAUUUUUUCUUUACCGUAUAGAUUGAAAUCUUCACAACUAAUACAGUUACUAUACUACGUGCCUUUUUCAUUUUAUAAAUAAUCUACUUUGUAAUAAAUAAUAAUCAAAAAACCUCAAAAUAUUGAUCACAAGAAAGACUGACUAUAAAGUUGGUGUUUAACAUAAAAACUAGUUAUGAAAAAUAAAUUCAGAAUUUUUUCUUCGUCGCGUCGUUACGAUCUUUAUCUUUGUCGCUUUAAAUUUCUGAUUUUUAUAAGUACCAAGUUUUUUGUCGAUAGUUGAGUGCGCAUAUAGGUAAAGCGGAAGUAAGAGCGCGAAAGAAAAUUAAACGUGCGUGAGUGUGACAAACAAGAAAUAAAAAUACUAUUUCUUCAACUUUAAGAUAAGGGAAAAGGGGUCUGAACGAAUUAUCAUUUAUAGAAAUAUUGGGCGCUAUUUAAUGCUCUUUAGAGCCGACUAGCGGUUAGAAUUGUAUAGCCAUUUUGAUCGCUUUUACAAAUUUUGACUCUUUUUACUGCUUAACGCGAUAGUACGUAAAUUUUUAUAUACAUACAUUUAUGAUCUCUUCUCAAGACGAAGAAUAAACAUCAGAUAAAUAAUCUUAUUCUCGUGCUCGAACUUCUCUCGUGCGAUCUAAAGAAUUGACGUAUUCAGAGAUAUAUAUACUUUUAUGUAUAUUUACCACACAACUCUCUUGUGCAAUAUAGAAAAUUGUGACUACAUAUAUAUAGGUGUUGCAAGGAGCAAAUAUUAAAAGUUUUUGUUGUAUUGUAUAUCUAGAUUUGGUGUGUUGUUUCUAACACAAAACAAGACGUUCUCUUUCAUUAGCUAUUUAGUCAUUUGUGUAACCACAUGUUCAUCAGUUUCUAUAUAUUUAUCACCAGAUCGUGCCGAAAGACAGUUUUCCGUCUUAAAAUCAAUCACUUCUGCUGAGAUCGUCGACACAAAAGCAUAAUAUUAGCAUAUCUAUUGUACUUUGGAAAAGAUUUUUUUUUGAGAAAGAAACACGCGAUUGAUUCGGUCGUAGAAUUUCAGGGUAAUCAGAAUUACUCUUCGGCUCGAGUGAAGAAUUCUUUUUAUAAGCAUUUUUUUAUAUAAAUAAAUAGUAAGUGUUAUUUAUAUACUUAAAAAUUGUGAAGAUAAAGGGAAAACAUUAGAAAUGUUAUCGCGAUAGGCGUGUUAUCUGUCUUCCUCUUUCGUUUGUGCAAUAACAUUCAGUGCGAAGGUACGAAUGCGAUAAUUGAAAAUGUCAACGAAACGAUUUGCGAAAAACUUUGUAAACGCUAAAGUGAUUUUGAUUUUUUGAGAGAUUGGCUUUAGUUAACAGAGAGAGAGAGAGAGAGAGAGAGAGAGAGAGAGAGAGAGAGAGAGAGAGAGAGAGAGAGAGAGAGAGAGAGAUGUCAAUACAGACAAUCCGCAAGUGACAAUGACAAGUUUUCGUUACGGCCUAUCGGAGUCUUCUAAUUUUUGUAGCAUAGUUAGCAAUAAUAUAGUUUACAAUUCUACUAAGCCUUUUAACAUAUUAUUUCUAUCGAUGUAUAACGAUCUUGUUCUGUUCAUCUUUCACGUGUAACGUUUAUUACGAUAAUACACAAGUCGUAAAUAAAAGAAGUCCUGAAUCUCCGUCUUGUGUGAAGUACGAGGAGAUUUCGCAGGUUUAAGAAACAACA